UGUUGAUGAAGUUUUGUGAGUUGAUAAUUUGAAAUACAAUUAGAAUACGUUUCACUUUCUCUGAAGAUAAUUACCAGUAUGUCUUAUUUAUAUUAUUUUGAUGUAGCAUUUACGUCCGGCUAAAAAUGCUAACAGACUUAAAAAUCUUUAUUUCAAGGGGGACUUCACAGGAAAAUAAAAUGGCUGCAUUUAGAGAAUGUUACGGGAAGUUGUAUGAGUUAAGGUCUUUGGCUUCAGACGUCCCAGUCAUUGCUUUGACAGCCACCGCAACUCGCCUCACAAGAGAUACCAUCCUCAACAUAUUACAUAUGGAAUGCUUUGUUGAAAUUAAAGAAAGUCCUAACAAAACCAACAUCAGGUAUGUUGUUCAUUGUAUGGACAAAAAGGCUGAACAUGAAGAAUACUUUGCUUGGCUUACUGAUACACUGAGGACAGAAGGACAGAAUUGUGUAAGAACCAUCGUGUACUGUCAAACAAUUAAACAGUGUAGCAUUAUUUAUGCUACAAUGAGUGGUCUGCUUGGUAAGGAGAAUAUGACAAGUAGCAAUGGAUAUCCACUAGUCGAAAUGCUUCAUUCAUGCACUCCAGAGGCAAACAAGAAAAUUGUUUUGGAGUCUUUUCAGCAAGAACAUGGUUCAGUUAGGCUACUUAUAGCUACAAUUGCCUUUGGUAUGGGCAUCAAUUGUAAAGGGGUUCAAAGAGUGAUUCAUUAUGGACCUUCGAAGAAUGUAGAAGCAUAUGUACAAGAGACUGGGCGUGCUGGAAGAGACAGUGGUGAAAGUGUUGCUUUUUUGCUUUAUCAUGGUGUAUUGCUGAACCAUGUCCAUUCUGACAUAAAGUCUUUCAUCAAAACUAAAGAGUGUAGAAGGAUGACUCUGAUGAAGCAUUUUGAUGCAGAUGCUGUCAAUAUAGAGAUUCGUCACAAGUGCUGUGACAUUUGUGCAGCAAGUUGUGACUGUGGGCAACCAGAUUGUUUCAGUUACUGUAAAUACCCAUCACAAGCCAUUCAGAAUGUAACUGUUGGUACACACCAGCAAAGAAGUGUAUCAGCAGACAGCAAAAAACUUGUAGAGAAUGCCUUGAAUCAAUAUCACAAAAUAUUAGUUUUGAAACUCUUAAAUACAAGUGCCAAUGGAGAAGUCAAAACUCUAACAAAUCUUCACUUCAUGUUGGGAUUUUCUGAGCAUCAGAUAUUUCAGGUUUUGGAAAACAUAGCCUCAAUUUUUACUCUUUCAGACAUCUAUAAGUCAGUGGAAGUAUGGGACAAACGUCAUGCACAGAAAGUUUUAUCAGUCAUUAGCAUUGUUUUUGGGGAUGUUACAUGUGACAGAGACCUCCCUGGUACCCAUUUUGAAAGCAGCAUUGAUUUUGAUGAUGAGUACAUGGAUGAAUGGGAUGAGAUUUUUCAAGACAGUGAACUGUUUGACAUGAUUGUUGAUAAUGUAUCUUUAUCUCAGUUGGAUGAGUCAAUCUCCAUGCUUGAAGAGACACUGGACAAUUCAACAGAAUCAUUGGAUGAUGAAAUACCAGCAGAUAUUUUGGCCGCAAUUGUGAAAGUAUAGAUCUAAGUAAAUAAACGCCUGUAAC